UUUUGAAUUUUCCACAUAUGUAUGUCGAAAUUAUAUUUUUUCAAUAUGAAACUGUAUAUAGGAUAGACGUAUGCAAUGAAUACAUACACGCGCGUGACGCGUUUGACGUUUGCUAAUUCAGCAACAAGAAUAGUAUAAAAAUGCAACUAAGCGUCAUCAAUAAUCAUUCAGUGUUCACCAUGCAGGGCUUUCUACUAUUAUUGUUGUUUGUUACAGCGUCAGUUGCCGAACCUGGACAUGAUAUUACAAACAAACUACUGAAAAAGAAAAUACCGAAGAGAUUCGUUCCAGUCCACGAUGGUCCCAAUCAAAUAAAGGAGGAGAAGAAAACCGAAGAAAACUUACUAGCAGCCCAAGACGUUGACAUUAAACCCGAAAAUAGCACCGCCUUGAAUGCUGUUAAUACUGAACAACAAAAAGAAGAAAAUGUGAGAAAGAAGAAAUCAGCAGUGACAACUUUCUGUGUGGAAAUUCGACCAAGCAACCCUUACCAGAAGCCCUUCCAAGUUUGUGAACCGGAACCUUAUUCUUCCUACGCACAACCAAAUCAUUAUGCAGCAUCAUCAAAACCGUACGCUGCAUCAUCGUACUCCAAACCGGUUGCAACUGCAACUUAUGGUGGCUCAUCUGAAUCUUCGUACAGUGCAACGUAUUCUGCUUCAAAAGAUACCUACCAGAAACCAGCAGCUUCAUCAGGUGGUUAUAGCUCAGCUUCCCAUUCCACUGGAACCUAUCCAGCAUCGUCAUCUUCUCAAGCAUACAGAUCUAAACCGGAUGUUGUUGGACAACCUAUUACCGACAACACAAUUAAAUCCGAAAAUCCAGUAAAAGAGUCUCAGCAGGUUCCUCCUUUAAUAUUCCCGUUACCUAAUGUUGAACCGGUGAAGAGAGCUUCAAUGGACGAUGAAGACGAUGACGAAGAUGAUGAAUUACAAGAAAGAACUGCAGCAAGAACUUUGAAACCUUAUCCAACAUAUAUUGCGUAUUCUAAACCCUCAAAGCAUACUUAUAAAAAAGGAGGAGGUCACAAUGGUUUAGUCAUAACUUGCCAACCAUCCUUGGCUGGAGUGGCUCACACAAUUCCUCAUGAGUACAGUUUUGGAUUUGGCUACGGUCAUGGUUCUGGUCAUGGAUAUGGUCAAGGUGGAUAUGGUGGCUCUUCUUACGGCGGCUCUUCUUACGGCGGCUAUAAACGAUCACAAGAAAAUGAAGGCCUGUUUGAUUCAGACGAAAGCGAGCUUGCAAGAUCAACCCAUUACGGAUAUAGUUAUGGUUAUGGUAAAGGUUCCAGCAAAUACGGUGGUGGAUAUAAGAAAGGAGAAUCUUCUAUGCAUGGAAAAUAUGAAGCUCCUGGUUAUGGUAAGGGCUACCAAGUAUACGAAUACAAAGCUCCGUCUAAAUAUGAAAGUUCCUAUGGGUAUGAAACUCCAAAGUAUGAAGUCCCUAAAUAUGAAACUCCUAAGUAUGAAUAUAAAGCACCAGCCAAAUACGAAGGCUCCUAUGGAUACGAAGCUCCUAAAUAUGAAGCUCCGAAGUAUGAAUAUAAAGCACCAGCCAAAUAUGAAAGCUCCUACGGAUACGAAGCUCCUAAAUAUGAAGCUCCAAAGUAUGAGAAAGGUUACGAAAAGUAUGAAGAAUAUAAAGCACCACCAGUCAAGUAUGAAAGUUCUUAUGGAUACGAAGUUCCCAAACACGAGGCUCCAAAGUACGAAGCACCAAAAUAUGAAGCCCCCAAGUACGAAAAAGGAUAUGAAUAUAAAGCUCCGGCCAAAUACGAAAGUUCUUACGGCCACGAGAGCUCGUACGGUCACGAAGGUCACGAAGCUCCUAAAUAUGAAGCUCCCAAGUAUGAAACUAUGUAUGAAGCACCUAAAUAUGAAACCCAUAAGUACGAAUACAAAGCACCGGUUAGUUCCUAUGGGUACGAGGCUCCUAAAUAUGAAGCACCCAAAUACGAAGCCCCAAAAUAUGAAAUUAAAUAUGGAUCUUCUUAUGGUUAUGGAAGUGAAGGUUACGGAAAAGCUCCAGGUGGUUACAAGCCUCCUGGUACUUACAGGGCUAUGGAUAACGACGAUACCGACAUAAUGCCUACUGCCAGAUCAUCUGAAGUUAUGCCGGCAGUUGGUGGUGAAGAUCAGUCAAAAUCACUGAAACAAGAAGUUCCCCCUCAAAUUACUGAUAUGAAAAAUACAGGCGAAAAAUCCCUAACUGUUUCUGACCAGGCAGGCGGAGAAGUUCGUGACGUCAAGGAUUCACCCGAGAGGCAGAGUGGUGAAGCAGUUGUGGGAUUAAGCGCUCCCGCUUCCACUGCUUGGAGUGAUGCAGAUCUCGGAAGAUUUGCGGAUCAAGAAAACCUAUUAAGAGCAACUAACAAAGAAAAUAUGGAUGAAAUGAAUAGAAAUAGAAUGUCUGGUACAGGAUGGUAA